AUGGCAUCUGUAGAUCACAAAGCAAAGCUGAAAGUAAAAUUCGAUACCCAUUUAAAAGAGAAAGACCUUUGUCGCCUUGAAAAGAACGACCGCAGAAAAAUUGGUGAAGGAAAUAUAUUAUGUACCGUAUAUAAUUUUCAAGCAGUCAUGCAAUGCCCUUUAGGAGACUCUAGUUCUUUUUAUUAUAUAUCAAAACUCAACUGCCCAAAUUUUACUAUGGCUGAGCUGGCUCAGAAAUCCGACAAGAAAACAAAUAAAGAACAGGAAAUUGAAGGGAACCAGGGAAGAAGGGGAGAAGAUAGAAUUGAAGAAGAAACUGUAGGCGCAUAUGGGGAUGUUUAUAAUUACUUUUGGGAUUAA